AUGUCUCAGAAGUCUAUUCUAUCAUUUUUCUCCGGUGCAAAUAAAAAAGAAUCCGUAAAGACAGAUGAAUUAGAAGAGGAUUUAAAAGAUUCGAAACCUCUGCAAGAAAGUAAAAAACGUAGACGUAUCAUAGUUGAAAGUGAUGAGUCGUUAACAGAAACACCCAGUAAAAACGAUGAAAAUGCUGAAAAUGGUACUCAACUUGUGAAUCCAAAUGAUUCAGAAAUUGCUGCUUCUGAUAAUGCUGAUAUAUCCUCCCCAGUAAAGUUGACUUCUCGUCCUUUGGUUCAGAAGAAAAAUGCUGAGGUUUCAGGUGAUGUAAAUUGUACAACAAAGAAAGACAAAGUUGACAAUCCAGCAAAUGAGUCAGAUAACCCUUCCAAUAAGACAGAUGUCUUAAAAAUGUCAGAAAGUUCCCAAAAAUUAGCAACAUGCUAUGAUCCAAGCAAGGCAGAUUAUCAUCCGAUUGAAGACUGUAACUGGAUAGAAGGUCAAAGUGUGCCUUAUUUAUCUUUGUCUAGAACCUUUGAAUGUAUUGAAGCUACGUCUGGAAGAAUUAAAAUGACGGAGAUAUUAAGCAAUUUUUUUCGUUCAGUUGGUCUAUUGUCUCCAUUUGAUCUUACAAGUUGUAUUUACCUUUGUCUUAAUCGUUUGGGACCUGCAUAUGAAGGAAUGGAGUUGGGUAUUGGUGAGACAGUUCUUUUGAAGGCUUUGGCAGCAACUACUGGUGUUGGUAUCGAGCAUAUACGUUCAAGUUUGAAAAAGCAUGGUGAUCUUGGUGUGGUUGCUGAGACUAUUAGAUCACGUCAGAAAAUCUUGUCAGCUCCAAAACCAUUGACCAUAUCUGUAGUAUUUUCUAAACUGAAGGAUAUUGCUUCAAUGUCUGGGAAUUCGGCUCAAAAUAAAAAAGUUGAACUGAUACGUUCCCUUUUGGUUGCUUGCCGUGAAUCAGAGACGAAAUAUCUUAUGCGAAGUUUAUCCGGCAAACUACGUAUUGGUUUAGCCGAACAGACUGUGCUGACAGCACUUGGACAAGCUGUUGCUAUGACACCGUUUCAUUCCAACAAACACGAUGACUCUCGAAUACUCAAUGCCUCCAAUGAUGUGUCAUCUAGUGAACAAUGGAAGUCUAUUAUGGAGAAAGCAGUGGCUAAUGUAAAAAAGGCUUAUUGCGUUUGUCCUGACUACAGUCGUCUUAUUCAAGCCCUUCUGUCUAAAGGUCAUGACAGUUUAGACGAAGUUUGUACAAUAACACCUGGCAUUCCUUUGAAGCCUAUGCUAGCACAUCCAACACAUGGAAUCGGCGAAAUUCUAAAGAGAUUUGAAGAGUGUGAUUUCACAUGUGAAUAUAAAUAUGAUGGAGAAAGAGCUCAGAUUCAUAUUCUCCCCUCUGGUGAAAGUCAUGUGUAUUCACGAAAUCAAGAAAAUAAUACGACGAAGUAUCCAGAUAUUGUCAAUAAUCUAAUGGCUAGAGUUCUUCCCCAGUCAAAAUUAACACCUCGUGUAGUUGACAUGUUAAAGAAAAUUGUUAAAAAUAAUGACAAGAAAGGAGAAUCUCAAUUAAAUAAGGAAGAAGAACAAGAAAAAGACGAAGAAGGGAGUAAACUUGAAAGUUGUAUUCUUGACUCUGAAGUUGUCGCUUGGGAUCGUCAAGCUGGUCAUAUUUUACCUUUUCAAGUUCUAUCAACAAGAAAGCGUAAAGAUGUUGAUGAAUCUACCGUGAAAGUGCAAAUAUGCGUUUAUGUAUUUGAUCUACUUUUCAUCAAUGGAGUCUCUCUCAUCGAACAACCAUUACGAUUACGUCGUGAAAUUCUUAGGGAAGUCUUUCCUCGAAUCUCUGGUGAAUUCAUGAUGGCAACCUCUCUUGACUCGUCGGACACGGAUGAGAUUGCAACUUUCCUGGAUGAAGCCAUUAAAGGCAACUGUGAAGGAUUAAUGAUUAAAACAUUAGAUCGUAACUCUACCUAUGAGAUUGCAAAACGAUCUCAUAGUUGGUUAAAACUGAAAAAAGACUAUCUCGAGGGUGUAGGCGACACCCUGGAUCUUGUUGUGAUUGGUGGUUUCCAUGGGACUGGAAAACGUGCUGGUCGUUAUGGUGGUUAUUUACUUGCUUGUUAUGAUGCUGAUUCUGAAGAAUAUCAAACCAUAUGCAAAAUUGGAACAGGAAUUAAAGAUGACGAAUUGGCAUCAUUCUCAGACUUCUUCAAUCAGCAUAUGAUUGAGGAUGCAAAACCGUAUUAUCAAUAUACUAGUGGUUUAGUUCCAGAUCAGUGGUUUGAACCAGUACAAGUAUGGGAAGUCAAAGCAGCCGACUUAAGUAUAUCACCGGCACACAAAGCAGCUGCUGGUCUAGCUGAUCCACAGAAAGGCAUUUCACUGAGAUUCCCACGAUUCAUUCGGAUACGAGAAGACAAAAAACCUGAAGACGCAACAACAGCCCAACAGGUCUAUGAAUUGUAUCAAAGUCAAGAACAAAUAAAGAAUCAACAGAGUUGUAGUAGCAGCGGUAAAAAUACAAAUCCUAAGAAUGCUGAUGAUGACGACGACGAUAUGUAUUAA